UCUCUGGAUUUUGACAGCCCAAGUGGAAAGAGAUUCGUGCCGAAAAUGUACAGAUUUUCAUCAAAUAUAUCCAAAACUCACUUAGUUUUGGUCCGAAAAAAGCUAAGCGACGGAUCAUGCGCGGCCCUGGUGGUGAUGAGGGCGCCGGUGCGGGGGUACGCGAAGGACACCUUCUCGGAGACAUGUCCGCCGGCCACACCUCCACCAAAGUCCCGCAAGCUGCUAUAUGGAGCCAUCGGCGCCACGCUGCUUACAGGCGCUGCUGUGGUUUAUGCUAAACAUAGCCCGGAGACGCGCAACUGGCUGGAGUCCAACGCCCCCUGGGCCAACAACUUCGUGGCCCUGGUCUACCAGGAGAACACCACCUAUGUUCAGUUCACCAUCGACCAGGUCUCCAGAAUGUCCAAGGCUCUCACUACAUUCCUUUUCGGAAAGGAGGGUGUUUCACCAAUGGACUUCCAGCAGAGAUCUGAACAAGACAUCGAGAAGGAUGCAGAGAUCGGGUUCCAGCCAAAAGAAUAUUCUUUGCCCGUACCAACCCUGGAACCAUUGUAUGUGGAAGAGAAGGUCAUUGGCACUCCAGAAGUUGAACACGAAGCAACUCUGGUACAAACGGAAAAGUGCGACCCGCACUCACCGCCCAAGACGAACAUCACCAAGGACAUCCUAAUUCUCGAGCAAGACAUGCACGAGAACACGAAGAUAGCCAUAGACAAUUAUAAGGCCGCGCUCAAACUGUGCACCGCCUACAACAAGACACUCCACAGGAUAGUGGAGUUCCCAUACGAGGAUCUAGACAAGAAAUGUUUCGCGAAACUAAAAGGACUGAGGGCUGAGCGAGACAAAACUAUCGCUACGGCUAAAGCGGCGUCUACUAAGGCUAAAUGUGCUUUAGAGACCCUCGAUCGAAUGAUAGAGAAAAACAACAUCGCGGCUCCUCCGGAGAACGUAACGCAAACGAAGAGGUACAUCAAGUUGUUCAGGAACGACCUCACCGUGGCCGAGGACGCGGUCCGCGAUGAACUCACGAAGGCUGUCAUCAGCGACAAGUAUUGGGACAGGGUAGAAGCAGCCCGUAUGGCAUACAAGGAAGAGCUGGAGAUGCUGUUCCCAGGCCUCGACCUGUGCUCGCGACAGCUCGAGUUCCGCGGAGACGUGGACCUUUUACUGCUGUACACUAUGAACCAGAUCCAAUACCUACAGAAUCAAUUGGCUGAGAACCAGACGAUUAGAGAACACAAAAUCAACAAAGCUAUCGAAUGUCGCGACGAGAAGGCUAUAAUCGAAGCCAAGGUGGAAGACAUGAUCAGAAAGGAGAGACUUACGAAGGACCUCGAGUUCCAGAAGAAGACUUUGGAAAUCAAUGCGGAAGCCAAGAAGAAGAUGAAGGAAGAGCUCGCGAGGCAGUUUGAGAUUCAAGAGGAGAUUACGCGCACGCGGCUGGCAAGGAAAGAGGCCGAGAUAAUGGGCAAGUUCAAUCGCCAAGUAUCGGAGUUGGUGGAGAAGGAGCGAGUGAUCUUCAAGAAAGAACUCGCGGCCAUGGCCGGCAAGCUGAAAGCAAUCGAACAGACCCUAAAACAGCGAGCGGCGGCGGAGGCGGAGGCCCGCCGCUCGCAGUCCAUCUGGGCGGCCGCGGAGGCGCUACUGGCGGCCACGCGCCGCGCCUCCUCCGAGACCAAGAUCGACAACGAACUGCGCGCCUUAGAGAAGGCAGGCGAGGGUGACAAACUAGUGCAGACAAUACUUAAAGGAAUCCCUCCGGAAGUACGAGACAAGGGUAUCUCUACUGAGAAGUCUCUCAGGGACAGAUUCGAAGUGUUGGAACAGACAGCGAUGAAAGUAGCGCUGAUCGGGCGGGAGGGCGCGUCCCUUCCCAUGUACUUCAUUUCCUGGCUGCAGUCCAAACUCCUCUUCCAGAAGUUGGCUGAAAUCCCGAGAGACGAACUCGACAAUCUGCCCACCGACUUCAGCAAACUGGACACCUUCGACAUCAUCCACAGAGCGAGGUACCACAUGGACAACGGCGACCUGCCGGCGGCGCUGCGCUACGUGAACCUGCUGCAGGGCGCGGCGCGCGCCGCGGCGGCGUGCUGGGCGGGCGCGGCGCGCGCGCACCUCGAGGUGCGGCAGGCGGCCGAGGCCGUCAUGGCGCACGCCUCGCUCUCCGGCAUGCUCUACCUGUGAGCCGCCGGCCCGCCCGGCUGUACCGCGCCCGCCCUGCGCUCCUGAACCAGACCUACGAAAACAUAACUUAUCAACCCACUGUGCGAAUGACAGAUACAACGCUCUCGAUAGAGAAUUACGGCAUCGAGAACCGGCUAUAUCUAACCUCUAAUCUACCAAGAUACUUAUAUGACCCAUCGUGUCUACGAAAAUCCCAAUCCCGAAUAUAACAUAUAACUUACAUAGUACACAGAAAGCGGGCGUCCGAUACAUGUCGCUUACUUAAUAUGUCAAAGUAGCAUUUCCAAUUGGAAUAGUAAGGAGGUACAUCCAUCGCAAAAUAAACUAAGUACCCACACUUCACUAAGCUUUCUGUUAGACCACGUGAUAUGUCAAAAUGUACCGCGCGUGUAAAAAUAGCUACUACGCAUCGUAAUGUUGUUUUUAUCGAUUUUUGAAGAGAACCCAAAAAUCCGGUUCAUGAUUUUUGAAACCGGUUUUUCCCGCUACCCGAACCGGAAAUUUUCGGUUCCAAAAAAACUGGUUCCGAUGCCGUAGAGAGAAUAGGGUUGUGCCGCUCGCAGCGCAACUACCGACAGGCACGGUAUAGCACGAACUUGCUGAUUAUAAAUUUACAGUUUAUACACGUGAGCUGACACAAUUUUGCACGGAUUUCUAUGUAAUGAUUAAGUCAAAUUUUUAUAUACUCUCGUUAACACAAAGAUUACACUUAGAAACAUAUUGUGAGUACGAGGUCCUUCUACCAUAAAUGGUCCUUCUACCUUUGUCCCAUACAAAUGUAUAGACUUUUUAACUGAUGAAUUAUGUGCAUGUAUACAUAGAUACAUUAUGAUCUCGCCCAUAUUUCUAUAAGGAUGAGCAGUUAUCGAUCCAACACAGCCACUCCUGACUUUCGUGCCACCGAAGUGACAAAUGCACCCAAGUUCAUUUGUCCCUUCGGUGGCAUGUUACCUAACUAAUUAAUCUAGUUUUCCCAUCGGGUUGGAAAGGCAGAUAACAGUCGCUGCUUCAUACAACCAACCUUCAAUAAGUUGUUGGUAUGUUCUAAAUCAAUCCUUGCAAUCCCAAAUAUUGUCUGAACCAAUAUUUAACUAUCAUUUCUAUUAUAUGAGGUCGGCACAGUAUGUCUUCCAUACUGUAAAGGGAUUUUGGAAACAAUCACACCACAAAUCCUGCCUUUAUCCUGCCAGUUCGGUAAUGAAGGACUUUUCAGCUUACGUUUUUUGAAAAUCACAUAGAUGGCGUUGUACAGUUUAGAAAGUUGUAUUGUUAUAAACCAUAGCCUGUUUUUGUUAUUGUGUCCGUCCGACAGGCAAAGGAAACAUAACCAAUACGGCCAGUAAACCAUAGCCUAAAAAUGAAUACAUACAUACAUACAUACAUAAACUCACGCCCGUAAUCCCUAAUGGGGUGGGCAGAGCCACAAGUAAUCAAAGACAACUUGCAGCCACUGUUGAUACGAUGUCGUAAGGAUUACGGGCGUGAGUUUAUGUAUGUAUGUAUGUACUACCUAUUUAUGAGUGCGCCUUUUCCUAUUUGUAGACACACUGAGUCCAGAGACCUUUGGUCCAAAGAGGCCGUGUAUACAUAAAAACAUGGUUUAAAAGUUAAAACCAUCUGACAUAAGUAUAACAAAAUCGUCACAUUAUUUAUAUGUAACACAAUACUAAGUAUUUUAGGUUUUAAAUAAACAUUCAGUACGAGAUUAAGAAUAAUGAUAUCAACAGACACAGCGGUGUUGGGGCUGGCACGCGCACGGCGCAACAGAGACGCACAGCGCUUACGCGUGAUCGCGUGGAAGUCGUGGUAGUCGUUUUGUCAGCAUUCUAAACUGAACAACGCCAGCCAUGUGAUUUUCAAAGAACUUCAUCUGGAAAGGAGGGACUUUUUCAAUCGACGUUUCCCAAACACAUGAUAGAUAGAGUUGUUCACUUUUAACGUGAUAAUUAACUACAUACAUACAUAAACUCACGCCCGUAAUCCCUAAUGGGGUGGGCAGAGCCACAAGUACUCAAAGACAACUUGCAGCCACUGUUGAUACGAAGUCCUAAGAUGAAUUAUGAUGAACCUUAUGGUGAUAAGGGAUCAGCCUAUCGCCCAUAACAUUAGCCCGUCAUUUAGAGGACACAAUAAAUAAUUAAUGAUAAUUAUCUAAUUAUUCAAAAAUGUAAUGUAAAGCAGAAGCAUAAUAUAAAAUUUAUUGUUGCUUGAUAUUUGGAUCACAUUAUUUAUAGGAUGAUGUGACUACAUAUAUUGCUUCUCUUUAUUUUGAUCAAAAUAAUAAUGGGUGGAAGUUUUAAUUGUACCUUGGUGUAAUAAAAAGGGUCAUCAAUUAUACCCGUAAACAAAGAUAAGCGAUGCAUAUGUCUGUUAUUCAUGAAAUUAGAAGUUUAAAAGAAGAAAAAACUUAACAACGCCAUCUACCGUGUUUUUGGGGAACGCCGAUUGGAAAGUCACUCGCCCUCAAUAAUCAGUGAAAGCAUAGAGAUCCGUUAAAAUUGUCAAAACUACUAGCUUACUUACGAAACUAUAUUGAAGAUAAUUUUGUCAUCUGUCACUAAUAUAAGUCUGUUUAAAUUAUUGAAUGUUUGUCUGACAAUGGUAACUUUUGGAGUUGACUGUAACUAUUGUAAGAAACUUUGAAAUAUCAGUAUAAAAAUUCUGUUUCAAGUCUUUAAUUUUUGUUUUAGUAGCGAUUUAUAACAUUAACUUGGAAACAUUCACAACUUGCGCUAAUUAUUAAUUAGUAUAUCUGUGUUCAAUCGACUAAAGUGUUUUCAGUAUGGAAAUUAAACGAAAACUUCGUAUAUUUCGAGCGAAAGGAUUUAAAUUGGUUUUUAUUACUGAGCAUAGCAAGAUUGAAACUAAAAUCUCUAGAAUAAAUUGAAAUGAACCUAUGUGUGCUAUUUAGCGUAUAUGCAGGAAUUUAAACGUUUCUUGAAAGCUGUUCUGUUAGCUAGUCGCUUCGAAAUCUGUAUGUAAAUAUGAUAAACAGAUAGCUAAUACCUCAACCUUGUUAAACAGAGGAUGCGCGACCACUAUAAAACAAUAGGCUAUACGAAAAUAGUUUGUAAACCUAAAAUGUUCUUUCAACUCAACUAAUUAUUCCAGUUCUAAUUCAAUUUAUUUUCUCCUUUUAUUUUCCCUUUUGUUAAAAUUUUUGCUUGUAUGUUUUCGAUUUUCAAUCAUAGUUAGCAAUAGCUAUCAACAGAUGGCGCCACUGAAACGUGAGGUCUGUCAAAGUUAAUAAAUUGUUGGUGCAACACUGUUGUUAUAUUAAUAAGCCAUUCGAAUUUGUCUCAUCACUCUUUAUAAUAUGACUUUUAUAAGCUUGGCACCAAAAGUGUAUUUUUUUUAUAAGAUAAUGGGAAUGGGCACAUUGUAUAACUUUUUGACGUAAAUAGAACAUACAUAAAUUCCCAAUUAUUAGCGUGAAAAUUCCCCGUUUGUUUGGAUAAAAAUAUUGAGUAUUUUUUUUGCACAAAAAUAUCUGCAUUUAAGUGUCUGAAUUGUUGAUGUUUAAAAUUAUUCGUGCCAGUGACAGAACACCAUGGAGAACGAUACGAAAUUCUUUAAUUUUAGUUAUUUAUGUAAAUAGGAAAUAAAGAAAUAUUGUAAAAUGUAAUUUAAAUUAAAGAAUGAUUUUUAUUUCAA